UCCUUUCUCUGCCUCCGCUGCGACCGCCAUCUUGCUGCCGCCGCGUGUUGCCGUCGGAGGAAGCCCGCGCCUUGGCUCCAGAUCUGCCAGCAGCAUGAAUCAAGAGAAGUUAGCCAAGCUUCAAGCUCAGGUCCGGAUAGGAGGCAAGGGCACAGCUCGCAGAAAGAAGAAGGUGGUACAUAGGACAGCCACAGCAGACGACAAGAAACUUCAGAGUUCUCUCAAAAAAUUGGCUGUGAAUAAUAUUGCUGGUAUUGAAGAGGUGAACAUGAUUAAAGAUGAUGGGACGGUUAUUCAUUUCAACAACCCCAAAGUCCAGGCUUCCCUCUCCGCCAACACCUUUGCAAUCACUGGCCAUGCAGAAGCAAAGCCAAUCACAGAAAUGCUUCCUGGAAUAUUAAGCCAGCUUGGAGCUGACAGCUUAACGAGUCUUAGGAAGUUAGCUGAACAGUUCCCCAGGCAAGUGUUGGAUAGCAAAACACCCAAGCCUGAAGACAUUGAUGAAGAGGAUGACGAUGUGCCAGAUCUCGUAGAAAAUUUUGACGAAGCAUCAAAGAAUGAAGCAAACUAGAGUCUGAGAAUUCUCGGUGGCCGGCAUGGACUGGGUUGGAGAAAGGAGCGGGUGGCUACAGAGCUGGACAGCGGCAGAGAGCGUCGCCUGUUAAUAGUUCAGUAAUAUAAAUAUUUUGUAUAUUAAUGAUGCUGUUUGUUCAGCAUUUUUCUGUCAAUUGAUUUUGCAUUUUGCACUUCUCCCAGGAUCUCCUCUUUUGGUCAAAAUACGAAGUAUUGGUGCAGCUUUGAGGGUUUUUGUGUGUUUGAGAGUGUGUUGUGUGUGGGUGUAUGCGUGUGGGUGUGUGUGUACAGUGGAGAGCCAAUUGGAUAACAGUGCUAUUGAUCCUCCCCCAGCCCCCAGUAGAAAAUAAAACAGAUCUUUAAGUCUC